UAUCCUUCCAUUUGAUCAACAAAAGCAAGAAACAGGGCACAAAUAUGUCAAACGACAGAAACGAUGAUCUCAAUGAAGAAGACAUUGAUGAGGAUGAACUCCUUGCUAUGCUUUCACCUGAGGAGCUUAAGGAGCUCCAGAGUGAGAUGGAUAAUAUUAUUGCCCCAGAUGAAAGUGUACCUGUUGGACAAAGACAAAAGGACCAGACAGAAAAGACUCCUACUGGGACGUUCGACCACAGAUCCCUGGUUGAUUACCUCUUCUGGGAGAAGGAGUCCAAGCGCAUGUUUGAAGAAGAACGAGUGCCUGUUACUCUGCUGCCCAGUGAGAAAAUGUUGAGGGAGGAAGCUGAAAAGAAAGAAAAAGAAGAAAACACAGAAGAUGUGAAAUAUGAAGUGAUAGAAGAAAUCAUUGUGGAAGAAGCUGUAGAUGGUACAGAUGGAGAGGACGUUAUAGAGGAGAUAAUUGAGGAAAUUGUUGAAGAGGUUUAUGAGGAUGAAAAGGACAACAAGGUGGAUGUGAACCACAAGAAAGAGGAGAAGCUAACUGCGAUCACAGACAAACAUGAGAACACAGACAAACAUGUAGGUCCUGCAGAGGAUGAAACAGAAAACAUAACACAAAGCAAUACAGAUCAGCCUUUUCCAGACCCAAAGGAGAAGGAGACUGAGAGCUUAGCCACCAAAUACAGCACAUCACACACUGAAGAGAAAAAUGAAAUUAAAUCGGAGGACUCUUUGCUCCCCAGAAUGGCUCCAGAGGAGGCAGAGAUAAAAGAAACCAACGAUAAGCUCCCACAGAAAGAAGAGAAAAAAAUUAACAAAUUAAAAAUUCCAAAGCUGGCACUCAGUAAUAUAAAAAUCACAUCAAGACCUUCAGGAAAUGAGACAAAUUUGGAAUCGACACUUGAUAAGAUCCGUAACAACAACCCCUCUGUCACUGAGGUAAACCUCAACAACAUAGAAAACAUUCCCAAAGAGAUGCUCUUAGACUAUGUCAGUGCCCUGAAGAAGAACAAACAUGUAAAAACCUUCAGUAUAGCCAACACUGGUGUUGAUGAAAACAUAGCAUUCAGCCUGGCAAACAUGUUACGAGAGAAUCGCAGCAUUACCACUUUGAACAUUGAGUCCAACUUUAUAACAGGUAAGGGCAUCGUCGCCAUCAUCCGCUGCCUCCAGUUCAAUGAGACUCUCACAGAGCUGCGAUUUCACAACCAGAGGCACAUGCUGGGGCACCAUGCAGAGAUGGAGAUCUCACGCCUGCUCAAGGCCAACAACACCCUCCUGAAGAUGGGCUACCAGUUUGAACAGCCAGGGCCCAGGAUGGUGGUGACCAACAUUUUAACCAGGAAUCUUGACCGCCAGAGGCAGCUGAGGAAGGAGGAGCAGAGGAAGCAGCAAAUGAAGGAGCAAAAGGAGCUGAUGCAGAUGUAUGAGAGCGAUCUCAACCUGCCACCCGGUUUACUUGAGAGGCUGGGCUGCAUACCACCCCUAGAGCUCCUGAAGGAAAAUGGCCUUGUUGCCCCACCCUUGUCAGAACCGAGCACUGUAGCUCCAACACACCAGCAGGCACAGAAGCCAGAGCCUCAAAAGAAAGCAGAGCCUCAAAAGAAGCUCAAACAUAAAAGAAUUCCCACCGUACAACCAAGUGCCGAACCAGCCAAUCCGUUAAAGGACGUCAAGCUGAAAAGGACCCCCAAAAAACGUGACCCUUUUCUGGAGCUGGACCCGCGGGAUGACAAGAGAGCAGAGAGGCCCAGUUUCCAACUGAGGAAGACUCCCAAAGUGAAGGUUGCAGUGAUGAAAGACGAAAAGUCCAACCUGACUGAUGUGAUCAAGACUUUGAAGCCUGUUCCUCGCAGACGAGUGCCGCCAAAAGUUGAUGUCACUCCACGUGACCAGCUCCUAAAUGAGAUCAAAAAAAGCAGUGUGGCCUAUCUCAAAUCUGUGCCGCUCCCUAAAGCCCUGGAAUCAAGUGAAACGAGUCUCCUCUGAGCUCAGAACUUCAGCUGCUUGUUUUCU